AUGGAUCAUCAAUUUCCAAGAAAAUAAUUAGCAAUAUCAAAUUCAACCAAAGAUAAGGUAGAGGCAUGCAAAAGAUAUAUAGAAAGAAAAUAUACAGAUUUAUUGUAAGCAGAGAUGGAGAGAAGGGAGGAUUGGGCCAAAUUGUGGGUUAAAAUGAAAGAUAUGUAAUUGAAGGGUAAUUUAUAUAUAUAGAUAAAUUUAAUUUUAGUUUAGGAUUAAGAAUAUUAUAAAUAGUUGGUUUUAAAGAAGGAAGCUGAAUUGAUGAGAAAAAAGUAAAUAAUAAUUUUGAAUAUCUAAUCAUUAGAAGAUAGAAGUUUUGUACAGAUGAUUUUGAGCCAAUAGCAAUAAUAGGAAGAGGAGCUUUUGGAGAAGUUAGAGUUUGUAGAAUUAAAAAGACUAAAGAGAUUGUUGCAGUGAAAAAAAUGAAGAAAUGUGAAAUGUUAGCUAAAAAUCAAUUAGCACACAUUAGAGCAGAAAGAGACAUUUUAAGUUAAGAGAACCCUUGGGUUGUAGAUUUAAAAUGCAGUUUUUAAGUAUAGAAUUUUUAUAAUAUUGAGGAUGACAAAUAUCUGUAUUUAGUGAUGGAAUAUAUGGCAGGUGGAGAUCUAAUGACAUUAUUAAUGAAAAAAGAUAUAUUAACUGAAGAUGAAGCCAAGUUUUAUAUUGCAGAAUUAGUUUUAGCCGUUGAUUCAAUCCAUAAAAUUAAUUAUAUUCAUAGAGAUCUCAAACCAGAUAAUAUUUUGAUUGAUCGAAAAGGACAUCUAAAAUUAUCUGACUUUGGUUUAUGCAAGUAUUCUAUAAUAUUUAAUUUAUCUAAGAUAUUCAGAAAUUAAACCAAAACUUGAAUUAGGCAGGAAAAUUUAAAAUUAAAAUCCAGCUCCUACUGUUCCAACACUUAGUAAAAUGUAAAAGAGAAGACAAUUAGCUUUAUCAACAGUUGGUACUCCUGAUUAUAUUGCUCCAGAAGUAUUUACAUAAAAAGGAUAUACUGAAACAGUUGAUUGGUGGAGUGUGGGAGUUAUGUUGUAUGAAAUGGUUGUUGGAUAUCCUCCAUUCUUUUCGGAUGAUCCUUAAACAACUUGUUAAAAUAUUUUACAUUGGCAAUCAACAUUUCAAAUUCCAUAAGAUAUUAGUUUAUCACCUUAAUGCAUUGAUUUGAUUCGUAGAUUAGUGGCUGAUCAUACUGAAAGAUUAGGUAUAAAUGGAGUAAGUGAAAUUAAAAUUCAUCCAUUUUUUUAAGGUGUAGAUUGGAAAAAAAUAAGAGAUAAAAUUACUCCUUAUUAACCUUAAGUAAAUCAUGAAAUAGAUACUUAAAAUUUUGAAUAAUUUGAAGAAGAAGAACCUUGGAAUUGGAAUUCUAGUAGAAGAGUUAAAAAAGAUCAUUUUUAAGGAUAUUCAUUUAAUAGAUAAGCAUAAAAAGAAUAAAGUCCAGUAAGAGUUGCUUUAGAAAAUAUAGAAAAAGUAGAAUUUCCUAAGAGAUAAUAAACAAUAUAAUAACCACAGAGUUAAAUUCAAUAACCUGGUAGUCCAUCUCAUAGAAAAGUAAUAGCUAAACCAAUUGCUUAUGCUUAUAAUAAAUCUGCCAGAUCUAAUUCACCUGUUAAUAAAAAUCAAUAAUAAAACUCUCUGAAAACUAUUCCAUAAUAAUAAACCUUACUGAAUAUUUUAUCUUAAUAUAAAAGAAAUUCUAAUAAUAAUAAUAACAACUCAAAUAAUACUUCCACAUUAAAUUAUUCAAGUUCAAGAUUACCAAAUCUCAAAAGUGUUCGAGAACAAAGUCCAAAAUCACCAAGAAAUGCAUAAAAAUAUUAUUAUUAAUGA